AACCUGGGAGUUUCAUUUUGUCUCACUUGAGAGGAGUCAGGGACAGAUCAAGCAGUGCACCCUGAGCGAGAAGGGCAGGCGCUCUGCCCCUGGGCUCAUCCAGCAUGCUGCAGGGGCUUCUGACGGUCACGGUCACGUUCCUCCUUUCUCCAGUUCCAGUAAACGCGAUAAAAGAACUCUCUGGAGUGAAGAACUAUGAAGUGGUUUAUCCCAGAAGACUUCAUUCACUACAUAAAAGAGAGGUCAAGAAGCCAGAACAACAGGAAAAAUUUGAAACUGAAUUGAAGUAUGAAAUGACAGUUAAUGGGAAAAUUGCAGUGCUUUACUUGAAAAAAAGCAAGGGUCUCCUUGCACCAGGUUACACGGAAACACAUUAUAAUUCCACUGGAGGGGAGGUCACCACCAGCCCACAGAUCAUGGAUGACUGUUAUUACCAAGGACAUGUCAUUAAUGAGAAAGUUUCUGAUGCCAGCAUCAGCACGUGUAAGGGCCUAAGAGGCUACUUCAGUCAGGGAGAUCAAAGGUACUUCAUUGAACCUUUAAGCCCCACAAAUCAGGAUGCACAAGAACAUGCACUCUUCAGAUAUGAUCCUGAGGAAAAGAAGGCUAACAGCACCUGCGGGGUGGAUGACAUAUUGUGGGUACACGGAUCUCGGCAGAAUGUGGUUCCACCUGCCACCAGUCUGGUGAAAUCAAAAGACCGGAAGGGUCGGGAACGUAAGAAAUACAUAGAGUUUUAUUUGGUCCUGGAUAAUGGUGAGUUUAAAAAGCACAAUCAAGAUCCAGAGGAAAUAAGAAAGAGGGUGUUUGAAAUGGCCAAUUAUGUCAAUAUGCUUUAUAAAAAGCUAAAUACUCAUGUGGCCUUAGUCGGUAUGGAAAUCUGGAAUGACAAGGAUAAAAUAAAGAUAACCCCAAAUGCAAGCUUCACCUUGGAAAACUUUUCUAAAUGGAGGGGAAGUGUCCUCCCAAGAAGAAAACGUCAUGAUAUCGCUCAGUUAAUCACAGCAACAGAACUUUCUGGAACAACCGUGGGCCUUGCCUUCAUGUCUACAAUGUGCUCUCCUUAUCAUUCUGUUGGCAUUGUUCAGGACCACAGUGAAAACGUGCUUAGAGUAGCAGGAACGAUGGCCCAUGAAAUGGGCCAUAACUUUGGAAUGUUUCAUGACUCCUAUGUUUGCAAGUGCCCUUCUACAAUAUGUGUGAUGGACAGAGCACUAAGCUUCUAUAUUCCUACAGACUUCAGUUCCUGCAGCCGUGUCAGCUAUGAUAAGUUCUUUGAAGAUAAAUUAUCAAAUUGCGUCCUCAAUGUUCCAUUGCCUACAGAUAUCAUAUCCACCCCAAUCUGUGGGAACCAGUUGGUAGAAAUGGGAGAAGACUGUGAUUGUGGGACUCCCGAGGAAUGUACCAACAUUUGCUGUGAUGCUAAAACUUGUAAAAUCAAAGCAAGUUUUCAAUGUGCAUCAGGAGAAUGCUGUGAAAAGUGCCAGCUUAAAAAGCCUGGUGCAGUGUGCAGGCCAGCAAAAGAUGAGUGUGACCUGUCAGAAAUGUGUGAUGGCAAAUCUGGUAUUUGCCCUGAUGAUAGAUACCGAAUCAACGGCUUCCCUUGUCAAAAUGGGAAGGGCUACUGUUUGAUGGGGAUGUGCCCCACUCUUCAGGAGCAGUGCACCGAGCUGUGGGGACCAGGGACCAGCGUUGCAGAUAAAUCGUGUUACAGCAGGAAUGAAGGUGGGUCGAGGUAUGGGUACUGUCGCAAAGUGGAUGACACACGCAUUCCCUGCAAAACAAACGAUGCCCUGUGUGGGAAGUUGUUCUGUCAAGGUGGGUCAGAUAAUUUGCCCUGGAGAGGACAUAUAGUAACUUUCCUGACAUGUAAACUGUUUGAUCCUGACGACAGCAGUCCAGAAAUAGGCAUGGUAGCUAAUGGAACUAAGUGUGGACACAGGAAGGUUUGCAUUAAUGCAGAAUGUGUGGAUAUCGAAAGAGCCUACAAAUCGACCAACUGCUCCUCCAAGUGCAAAGGGCAUGCUGUGUGUGACCAUGAGCUCCAGUGUCAGUGCAAAGAAGGAUGGGCCCCUCCUGACUGUGAUGACUCCACAGUGGUCUUCCACUUCUCCAUUGUGGUCGGGGUGCUGUUCCCCAUGGCUGUCAUAUUUGUGGUGGUUGCUAUAGUAAUCUGGCACCAAAGCCCCAGACGAAAGCAGAAGAAAGUCCAGAGGCCAGCGUCUACCACUGGCACCAGGCUUCGCAAACAGAAGAAGAACCCACAGACGGUGAAGGCUGUACGACCCCAAGAGAUGACUCAGAUGAAGCUCCAUACACCUGAUCUGCCAGGAGAGGGCACUGAGCCUCCAGCUUCUUUUCUAAUUACGAAGCCAGAUUUUCCACCGCCCCCAAUACCUACAACCGUGUCCACUUCGUCUUUCCUGUAUGCCACAAAAGUGCUUCCCUCUACUGUUUUUAAGGAUAAAACAACGUCAACACCUAAGGGUUCCAACCCAAAGGUCUGAAGCAGCAACUAAGCAGGUGGUGGGUAAUAAUCAACUUAGAGGACUGGACAGUCUGGGCGGAAGAGAAAUGUACUUACUUUCCCCUUAUUAUUUGCUCUUGAUACCCAAGGAUGUUAACAUUUCUUUCUUUCUUUCUUUCUUUUUGUUUCUGGAUGGGAGAGGGACUGGGAGUAUGUUAACAUUUCUUGAUUCAUGUUCUACUUUGAGGAGAUUAAACAAAAAUUUUCUAGAGAGACAUACUCUUGAGAAUCUUUGUAUGAAUUUAAGAUUUCUAUUCUCCAUAUUCACGGGAAAGAAGAUGAUUCUAAACAAAGAGCUAUGAAUCUGACAUGUCUAAUUAGAUGACUUUCCUAGACACCCCCCUCUUCUUACUGUUGUAUUGAUUACUAGUUCCUCAAAUAUUUUGAGUAUCUUGAUUUUCUCAUUUAGUAAGAAGUAAUUUACCCUCUACUUAAAGCCAGCAAACAAACAAAUAAAAACCCUGAGUAAAUUACAGGAAACUGAGCGGGAUGGAAGAACAUUGUAUAUUCAUCAUUAGAUAACUAGCAACAUCUCGAUUGUUUUGACAAUUAAUCUGUCAAAUUAGAACGCUGACAACAAAAUCAUAUAAACAUUCUCUGAUUCAUAUAACAUCUUUUUUCCUACACCAUUUAUUGCAAUCCUUAUUAGCUAUGUCAUUUGAAGUUUACUGUAAGUGAAUAAAACUUUAUUAAAGUUUUUUUUUUUUCCCAGAAACUUGUCUAAUUCAGUUACUGGCAAGGUUAAAGUGAACUUUGCUUUCUAAGUAGAGAAAGUUUUAGUUACAUAAAUUCAUAACGUAAACCAGAGGUCAUAAACUGGUAGUUUGCAGGACAUAUCUGGACUACAGAGUUGUUUUAUUUGGAUGGGAUGAUUUUGGUCAUAAUGUAUUUUAAGAUGUUUUGAAUGCAUUGCCAAUAUUUAAAAAUUGGGAGAUCUUGCAUAAACAUCCAGAGUUCCAGCUUUUUAAAAGUAAUCAAAUGAUUUGGCAGCCCUGGAAUCACAUUGCCCACAGCAACCAUUAGUCUAGUUGACUGGUGUUGGCAUAAACAUUAUUGGUUGCCUUCCUUGCUUUCAGAACACCAGUUUUAUUCAGUUGCCCAUGUUUUAGAAAAGGCACUCCAGACUCCAUCUCCAGAAUAAAUUGCUAUUACUGUAAAGCAGUCAUAAUAAUCGUCUUUCCUUUACUAGUGCUUGAUUUGGUAAGUGUAUGACUUCGAUCUUUUUUGUUUUGUUUCGUUUUGCCGAUGAGACAAGAGAAAAGAUACCUUAGGAAAUUUCUACAAAAUAUAUUCUUCUGGUUGUCGGCAUCUGGAUAGCCUAUCUGGUAUUGUUGCAACCAUGUUGCGAUUUUGAGGGCAAGGCUGAUAUAGUCAGUAAGAUAGAGCAGAAAGGUAAAAAGAAUAAAACCUGGUCUCUUGAUGAUGUCAUUGAACUGGUAGAUUAAUAACUGCUGAAUUUACCCUAUACUUUAUUGGGAUUUCCUGUUAUGUGAUCAAUAAAAUUUACUUGCUGUUUAAACCAUUUCAA